AUGGAGAUCAACCCGACUCUCUUGGAAAUAUGGACUUUGUAUGCUGUUGCGACUUUGAUGAUUGCGGCGAGGGUAUUUUGCCGCACGAAGCAAGUGGGCGUGUCUGGAUUUCGACCUGACGAUUACAUCAUCUUCUUCACAUGGUCUCUCUACACUUCUGUAUGCGUGAUGGCAACGCUCUUCGCGCUGAUUGCCCAAGGCAAACACACCUCGCUCCUGACCCCGGAACAGCGCGCGACAUUGCCAGAAUCAGAAUUCUAUCAGUGGGAGUACGGCUCGAAGAAUUUCGUCGCAGGCAUGAUUAUCUAUGCGACAGUAGUGUGGUCAUUGAAGUUCAACAUGUUGUUUUUCUAUCGAAGACUAGUUGCGGGACAGUGGGUAGACAAGUUUAUAUUCCCUGUCAUGGGUCUAGUUGGUGCCACGGCGGUUGCGAUGGGUCUGAUCAUUGCCCUGACAUGCCUCCCUCUCUCUCUCAUGUGGCAAAUUCGCCCAGAUCCAGGAGGUACAGAAUUGUGUGCCACAGAACAAAAUUUACUUCUACAGCAUCUUCGUGAUGAACGUCACCACAGAUCUUUGCAUAAUUGCCAUUCCUAUACCCGUAAGUAUCCCUCGGUCAAACCUGCAAACGGUCAGUUAAUCAUCAAUCAGGUGAUAAGUCUCGUUAGAGCCUCGAUUUGGCGCAGGAUUGGAGUAUAUUUUCUUUUCAGCUUGGGAGUUUUCAUCAUGGUUGCUGCGACAAUCCGUGUGGUUCUCAUUUUUCACCCUACAGGUGGCUUUGGCCCAGGGGCAAUGUGGUCAAUUCGUGAGGACUUCAUUGCCAUAUUCGUUGGGCAGGCCCCCAUGGUGGUGCCUCUUUUCAAACGGAGAGUAUGGGCUCAAUUCUACCACAAGUACAAGUUCACACCGAAAUCAAGUCAGGGCUCGGAUGGUAUAGAGUUGAGUGAUGGGAUUUCCAGCAACCACAACGACAAGAAGAAACCGAAAGAUCCAUACAGUCUUACACAGCUAGGGUUUACUCAUGUUACAAAUCCGACCCUUGGAACACGAAAUGAAGCAACCUCAGUUGCCAAAAAUAGCUCAGAAAGUUCAGCGGUUGCGGUGGAGGAGGUUUACAUAUUAGGUCCCAUCAGAGACUUCGGGCCAGACCUAGGAGCCAUAGAAUUUGUCUCGAGAGAAGAUCGGCACAGUCUCGAGAUUACUGCUGUGUCCGAUCUCCCCAGGGCCGAGACAAUAAAAUUGGUCAGCAAGAGAGAAGAGUUGUAA